AUGUCUGCCGACGCCAGUAUGGCGACAACCCCUCAGGAGACGAAGGCCGAGCUGACUGAGGCCUUGACUGCGCCCGCUCUGGUAGACGCCGAGAUGGGUGAAGCUCCUAAGGCAGACCGCGAGCUCUCUGACCGCGAACGCGCCGCGGUGAGGCAAAUUGAAUUUUACUUUGCCGACUCAAACCUUCCCUAUGACAAGUUCAUGUGGACAUUGCACACUGCGAACGAAGGCCACUGGGUACCGAUAUCUACCGUGUCUUCGUUCAAACGUAUGCGCGAGUACGAGUCGGAGGGCAAGGAAUGGCUAGUAGAAGCUCUACGCUAUAGCUCGGAACUCGAAGUGGACAAGGAGGGCGUGAACGUUCGCAGGCGUCACGAAGUAAAGGAGCCCAAGGACGCGAUGGCUCGCAGUGUAUACGCAAAAGGCUUUGGCGAAGAAAAGUCCAAUACGCAGAAGGCGCUCGAGGAGUUCUUCGCGCAUUACGGCAAUGUGAAUGUCGUGCGUAUGCGCCGCGACGAUGACAAGAAGUGGAAGGGAUCUGUCUUCUGCGAAUUCACCGACUCGGCGACGGUCGAUAAGUUCCUCAAAGCCGACCCGAAGCCAACAUGGGAAGGCAAUGAGCUCGUUAUCAUGACCAAGGACGCCUACGUUGAGAUGAAGAUCAAAGAAAAGGGCUUGACGGGCAAGGCUAUCAAGCGCGACAAUUUCAGCGGCGGACACCGCACCUUCGACGCUUUCAGGGAAAUGAAGAAGACGGACGCCAAGACGAAGCCCGCUGAAAAGGAGGUCAUCCUAGAGUUCAUGGGUACCCGUCUACCCAUCAAGGGAACCAACGCGUCCGAGGCGCGGGUCCAAGAAGAUGAGGUGCCGCGUAUCAACCAUACCACCUUACGAUUCGCUGGCUGUGGCGGAGAAUGCCCCUUUGACGACGUCAAGAGUCCUCUCAAGGAGCGUUACGCUCGUCUGCCAUUCAUCAAGUACGAACGGGGCGAAGACUCGGGACUUGUCGGUUUCGAUCGCGCGCUCACUGACGAGGAUAUUGAAUUUGUCCGCGGCGCAGUGAAGACUAUCAACGGAAAGUCUGUUACAUGGGACUUCAUUGAUGAGGAGACCGAACGCGCAUUUACCAUUGAGCGAGCUCAAGCAGCGGCGAGGCGCGUAUACCAGUUUGUCGUCAUGAAACAGUCAGAACCGCGAGAGGGUGGCGGACGCGGCAGGGGUCAUGGCCGCGGAGGGCGCGGAGGCAACCGUGGCGGAGGACGAGGACGGGGUGGUCGUGGUGGCGGGCGGGGCGGCUCGCGCAACACAGAGAAGUCCAACGGUACAACUGCUAUCACUGCUACGCCUUCGGGAGAAGAGGGUACAGGAGAGAAGCGCAAGCGCGCAGUGGAGCCCGACGGUGGUUUCGACGUCGGACAGCGUAACACUGGCGUUCCUACGAUCGCCUCAUCAAAAAAGCCGCGCACGGAGGAUACUACCUCCUGA